AUGCCGCACGUCUUCGCGUACCUUUUGCUGGUGUUUGUACCGCCGCUGGUGCUGUGUACGCUCGUGAUGCGGACGCCGCCCGCAAGCUUCCGCGUCGGCGGCCACGACAUGCACGGGAUUCCGACCGAGAAGGCGCCGUCGGCCAGCUUUGUGCAAGACGAGUUUCUCAAGGUCGGCAUGACGCUCGUCAACUACGCAGCGAUUCGCCGGUCGUCCGAGCCGCCGGUCGAGGGCACGGAGCGCCAUUACUACGAGCAAGUCAAGGCGCUGACGCUGCUGCAGUGCAUCUUUUCGACGGACUUCCUCUGCCUCUUCCUCGCCGCGACCGCGCUCAACAUGCCGGCGAGCGUCUACUUUGAGCUCUCGACCACGACGACCGCGGGCGACUACAAGUCGAUGGCGUGGUUCCAUGCCACCAAGCACGAGAUUGACGACGUCUUCUCGGUCGGUCUUCUCAGCAGCUCGGUCGGCCGCCUCGUCUGCCCCAUGGUUUCCGACGUCCUCAUCCGCGUCUUCUACGCCAACCCCGCCUUUGCGCGCAAGGUCGUGCUGCUGCUGCUCGUGCUCGUCGACGCGGUCGGGCUCGCGAUCCUCGUCCCGCGUUUGGAAGGCGAUUACGACACGCUUGUCCAGGUCGUCUAUGUGCUCAAGUUUGUGAGCGGUGGCGGCGGGUCGAUGGUCGCCUGCCUCGUCACCGACCUCUACGGCAUCUACAACGUCGGCACCAUGUACGGCCUCGUCUUGCUCUACUGGGCCGUCGGACUCGCGAGCGUCGGGCUCUCCUUCUCGGGGUCCGCGGCGCAGUUCCUCUCGCAGAUGGACUCGAUGGUCGCCGUGUGCUGCAUCGGGUGUGCCCUCACGUGCCUCGUUCGCACGAGCUCGUCCGACCGGUUUUACAAGGGGUACCAGUUCUCCAUCGGCCGCAAGCCCAUUCUGCAGAUCCCGUUCUCGCACCCGACACCGACCGACGCCGUCCUCGUCGUGUCGCCAGACCGCAGCUCCUUCUUCAUGUGGGACUCGGACCACAGCGCAUGA